AUGCGGAUCCGACCCGACCCGAGCAGAAGCCGCCGAUUACAUCCUCGCAAUCUGCGACCUCAAAACCCUGAACACGUCGCGACUCAGUACCGUAGGCUCGCUCUUCUCCUCAAUCCUUCCGUUAAUCGCCUCCCGUUCGCCGAUCAAGCGUUUAAGCUCGUCUCUGAUGCUUGGCACGUGCUCUCCGAUCCGUCGAGAAAAUCCUUGUACGACCGAGAAUUGCAACUGAGUCAACUCGGUCAGUCCAGUUUUCAGCCCCAAAUCCAAACGCAGCAGCAACAUUUCCAUUCGAAACCUACCAAACGCACUAACCUAGCACAAGAGCCGCCUUCAGCUCGGGGAGCUACCGGAUAUCCGCCGCAGAGCCAGGCUGGGACCUCGACGGCGACGAGUUUCUGGACGGCUUGUCCAUACUGCUUUGUGCUCUUUGAGUACCCUAAAGCUUACGAGGAAUGCGUUUUGAGGUGUCAAGACUGUAGAAGAGCGUUUCAAGCUGUGACGAUACAAAACCCUCCGGUGGAGGGGAAAGGCGAAGAGGACGUUUACUUCUGCUCUUGGGCUGUAUUCCCGCUAGGGUUUUCCGGCGAAUUCAAAGCCCCGAGCUGGUCACCUAUCUCACCUCUCUUUGCAUGCCCUAUCCAAAAGGUGGAUGAUGAAUCAAACAUGAGGAAGAGAAAGGAAUCUGCUCCUCCGAGAAUCUUCUACGACGAUGAUGACAUCUAUGUUGCGAUUUCCGAGGAUGACUCUGAAGGAAAUGAGGAUGAUGAUUGGCAAGAUGGGGUGCAAGUGAAUAAGAAGGCGAAUCUUGGGAAAGGGAAAGGGAAAGAGAAAGAAACAGUUGUGAGAAGUAGCAAGAAACAUGGAGCUGAGAAAGCUGGGAAGGGAAUCCAAAAUGUAGAAAGCAGUGCAACGGCUGUUGGUUCCUCGUCUGAUUUGAUGGCUAAACCAAUGAGUUACACUACAAGGAAAAGAAUGGGAGCAGGAGCUAAGAACGUUGGGAGGUUGGAUUUGAAUGUGGAGUUCAGUAACGAAGGGGAAGAGCCUGCUGUGGGAGGCAGGAGAAGUGAAGGCAACGGGCUCGGAAGUAACAGGGAAGUGGAUAAUAUGGAAGGGAUUGGGUUCUUUGAGGGACUUGAUGAAUUCUUGAGUAGUUUGCCGAUACUUUCUGUUGUUGGAGAUGAUAAGAUCAAGGCUACUUAG